UGACAAUCCAAUAUGGCGAAAGUUCAAAUCUAGAAAUUUCAGUGUUUUGAUUUUUAACUGCCUUUACCUCAUUAUUAAAGUAAUAUUACGAUGAAAACGAAGCAAUUAUCUUAACCUUCGUUUUCAAGAUAAAUUUUUUUCAUAGAUUUUUGAUUGAAAAUUGUGCAAAAGGCAACUUGAUCCAUGUGCAAUGAAAUUUCACCAAUGAAAUUGAAAACCAGGAAGGAGGAAGGAGGAAAAGGCCUAUUGGAGAAGGAAAAGUAGAUCUGAUUCAAAACACUAUACAGCCAUUUUAGAUACUGAAAUAAUCUCAACGUACGAUAGUACAUUUCCAUGACAAAACUGUAAAAUGGAUCCCCUUGGUUCUAAUUUAGAAACUGUAGAUAUUGCCACACUGACUCGCUGGGAUUCAACAGAAGUUGAAGACUAUGAUAUUCAGAUUGACAGCCCAGAGGGCCAGAGGGAGAGUGAUUUCAAAUUAAAUAAUGAACUGAACAGAAAAAUAAUUUUAUGGUCAGGAGACUUGGCAAGGCUGAACACAGAAGCUAUUGUGAACUCAACUAAUGAGGGUCUGAAUGACAAGAAUAUACUGAGUGAGAGAAUCUUUAGAUUUGCAGGAUCUGGACUUCAAAAGGAAAUUCGCACAAACAUUAAAUCUUGUCGAACUGGAGAAGCUAAAUUGACCAAGGGUUAUAAUCUCCCAUGUCGUUACAUCAUACACACAGUAGGUCCUCGGUACAACAUCAAAUAUAGGACAGCUGCAGAGAGCGCCCUCUAUAACUCUUACAGAAAUGUCAUGCAAGUCGUCAAAGAGACAGCUAUAACAUCUAUUGGGCUCUGCUGUAUCAACUCAAUGCGAAGAGGCUACCCUCCUGAAGAAGGCGCACAUAUAGCCAUACGCACUGUCCGAAGGUUUCUGGAGAAGUAUGGAGAUACGAUUGAUACAGUUGUCUUCUGUGCUACAGAAAUAGAUGAAAUGGUGUAUAAAAGUGUGUUGCCCCUUUAUUUCCCACGUACAGUGAAUGAGGAGAAUUACAUGGCUUACCACCUCCCUCCAGAGAUUGGCAAUGAGUUGGGAGAACCAGUCAUUGAAGAAAGAAAAAUACGCAUUUUGGAUAAACCAAUGAGGGCCAAGGAUCCAGAUUCUGGGGAGUUGGAAGACAGUAUCAAUCUGGAGGAUGAAUUUGAACUUUCCGUUGCUAUUGGAAACCAUGCAUUUUCCAAGAUGGAGAAGAAUCCAGAUACUGAUAAGAAGGCAAAACUUCAGGGUAGAAGUACAGAGGAAAUGUUAAAACUUGAGAGACAAAGGAGAUAUGAAAGAUGGCUUAAGAGAGCAAAAACUGAAGAUCUAUCAGAGAUUGCCGCACUGCGGUGUUUCUACCACAGUGGGGUUGACAGGAUGGGAAGGCCUGUCGUUAUAUUUGUUGGCAGGAAUUUUGCUUCCGAUAAAGUUGACCUUGUCAAGGCGUUGUUAUAUUUCAUCAACUUGAUGGAGCCACUAGUGUCUCAGCCCUACGUGAUGGUCUACCUACACACUCUUACAAGCAGAGACAACCAGCCACAUAUGGGCUUCCUGAAGGAAGUUUACUAUCUGGUGGACGAUAAGUAUCGGGAUAACCUGAGAGCUCUCUAUGUUGUGCAUCCAACUGUCUGGACUAGGCUGAUGAGUUGGUUUGUGACUACAUUCAGUAUAUCUGGUAUAAGAAACAAGGUACACAGUCUUCCAGGGGUGGAGUACCUUUAUACAAAGAUCAGACCCGAUCAGCUAGAUAUCCCUGCCUUUGUACUUGAUCAUGACAUACAGUUAAAUGGCACAAACUACUACAAUUGUGAAGCUUUGGAGCAUGGUCAGCUGUAGCUCUAUACAAGACACUGAGGAGCUUUUCAUAGCCCAUGAUUCUUUUGCACACUAGGCUCUUGUCAGCUUGAGAUUUAUUUUAUGGUUGGUCGAGCAAUUAUGAAGUCAGUUUAGAGUCAUUAUGCUUAUAAACCUCCAUUGUAAAUUAUUUUUGUAAUAGAUUAAAAAUUACUGUAGCAGUCAGAAUUUUAAACAUAUGUAAUCUAUAUGAGGGUGUGGCAACUUUUAUUAGAUUUAAAGGGAGAAUUAGUCAUAAAAAUUCUUUUGAGUAAGAUUAGUUAGUGUGAAUCUUGUU